AAAACAAAUAUGGCGGCUCGCAUGUGCAUGCGGUUACAGCUUAUGCGAAAAUCGAAGUUAAUAAUAGAAACAGCUUUCCUUAAGGAUACAUGUAAAAGAACUUUAAGAAAUCCAAAAUGGCGGCGUCCUGUCCUCAGUGAAUUAUUUUAUAAGCGACAAAGAAUUGGACCAGAACCUGAAAGGCAUCCAUCUGCAUUCGGAAUAUGGAACUAUGAUUCUGAGGUGUUUGCAUUUGGUAAAAGAUUAGGUGAAGACUUUAAAGAUGAAGCACUUAAAAAAGCUUUGGUUCUAAGAUCAUAUCAAGAAGAAGAAGAUAAGGCAAAUCAAAUUCUUUUAGAUGAAGAAAGUCUAGACAUAGAUGGAGAGUCGGUGGAACACAAUGAACAGCUGGCAGAACAAGGAGAACAGCUGACGUCCAGGUAUGUGAAGGCAUACCUUCGGGCGAUGUAUCCACAGAUGUUUGAGGAAGGCAUAAGUGCUAUCCAUGACUACCUUGUAUCUGAUGAGAUGUUCGCCUACAUAGGGAGUCAGCUAGGUCUAAAGGACAUCAUUAUGAAAAUGGAAUAUCCACCCUCAGAGGAAGAUUACUGUAUUACAAUGAAGGCUGUGAUUGGAGCUCUGGCAGAAAGCCAGGAUGUUGCUCGAGCUGAAGCCUUUGUGAGAGACUUUAUCAUCGUCCAGCUUGCGGCAGAGGAUAUAAAUGAGAUCUGGGAUGUUGUCAACCCUAUGGGACUGCUUACGGACAUACUAAAAAAGAUGGGCAUGUCACCUCCAGAACCGAGGUUGAUAUGGAAAUCUGGUGCAUCAACAGUUCUGUCUGUGUACCAUGUAGGGCUGUAUAGUGAUAGGAAGCUUAUAGGAAGAGCUCCUGGUGAAACUGUGUUGAUAGCAGAGGAGAUGGCGGCACGUGAUGCAUUGAAAAAAUUUAUGAACACUCAGGACAACAGGUCACCAUUAAAAUUUCGUGAGGCAGUGGAAAAUUUACAGAUAGAUUAUGAAAGGAAAAAUGCCAGUAUUAGUGAAAUUUAUGCGGGAUCCUGAGGUUAAAUAAACAAUUAAAUAUUUAUAUCGUCAUUGGACCCAUGAAAAUGCUGACAUCACAGUAAGCCACAAGUAUAUGAAUAUGAUCAUAUUGUGAGUUGACAGACUUGUUCUUUAUUGUGUAAGGAAUGCAUUGAUACUCUGAUUCAGAGGUCAACUUUAACUUCAGUACAUAUACACAGUUAAAGCUGGCAGCAUCAGGUGUAUUGCGCUGGGUACAAAGGAUUAUCUCCCUUUGAUAUUGGUAACAAUAAGAACAAUAUGUAGCUGUAUUUAUAGCUGUUGAAUUUUCCUAGCAAUUAGUUUCUAAUAUGUAAUGGUUGAGAUUGACAAUAAAAUAGAUACUUGAAGAAUA